AUGUCCGACAUCCCAAUGGAAUAUAAUCUCGAUGACUCGGGGCUGGAGGAAAGCCAAACCGGGACGUACUUAAACCCCCCCUCGAAAGCGGAAGCGGAACUGCAUAAAGAAGAGAUUUUAGAAAAAAUCAAAUCGUUGGAGGACCGCAUUGUUGCAAACAACCUAAACACCACCAAUUUGCUGGAAGUGCAAGAAGUCGGGAUGAGGAAAAUUGUGUUGCAACUGGAGACGAUCAAGUCAACAAUCGCCGAAACAAGAAAGGCCACGAAAAGACCAGGUCAGGAGCAGCAAGUUGAGAAGAAGAAAUCCCUCCUGCAAUGCCAGAUUUGUCAGCAACCGCACAGUGAUGUGGAGUGCCCUCAAUUGUCUCCCUCGCAAAGGAUGGAGAGAGCUGUCAAGGCUCAAAAGUGCUUAAACUGUCUUAAGAAACAUAAAGGAAACUGUCGGAAUGCACCAUCUUGCAAGUUUUGCGAGGGGGCGCACAAUUCAGUGUUUCAUGUUGAAUAA